UUUCACUCUUAUAUAAAGAAAAGGUCAAGCGCAAAUAAAUUUGCAUGUCUGCCAAUAUCGUCACGUUUGCUACCACCCGUUAAACCCUUUAUAAGAAAAAACAAAGAUCGAGUCACGCCCGAAGAAACACUUUGUGUGAAACCUCGUAGGCGUGUGUUUAACACGUAAGUUACGCUGUUCAUCUCUUCAUUCAGUACCGGGCCAUCGCUUGGGCGAACAUCUUCUGCAAAGCGGAAAUAUAAAGGACUGACAUGGAGAACAUGACAUUGAUAGUUCUGCUCGUCUCAUGGGCUCUUGCAGCGGGAGAAUCUACAGAUGUGCAAUAUACUGAAAAUGCCAAAGUUCGAGACGACGUGCUUUUACCUUGUGCAUGUUCUGUCCUGCCUACGUCACUAGUAUGGCAGAUUGGCGAAAGAGUAGUGAGCUUUUAUACCCAAAACGAGAAUUACAAGAGUCCAAUAGAUGAACACUACAUAAACAGGACGGAGUUAUUUCUGCAUAAGGAGAAGAGCAAUUGCUCCCUGCUGCUCCAUAAUGUGUCUUUUGUGGAUUCAGGCGUGUACACCUGUCAUGUUUUAACCAAGGUUGUUGAGGGAAUCACUUCAAAGAAAUCUUUGGAAGUUAAUCUUACAGUGACUGUACAUGAAACCCAACCACAAGAAAAAUCAUCUCAACAUCCAGAUAUAUCUGUUCAUAUUGGUAUUCCCAUACUGGCAGUGGUGAUAAUACUGGCUGCUGGCCUGCUUGUAACUUCUAGAGUGCUUAGAAGACGAAAACAAAGACAGAACAUCAUCUAUGUGCCAGCCACAGUUGAGGGGAAUGAAGUGUGAAGAGUUGAAAGGUAUCAUGGAGUUACUAAUGCAAGGUUCUUCACUGCGAAAACCACUCAAACACUGAUAUAAGGCUGAAGAUUUCAACCUGUUUGUAUGUAGACAUAACUAAGUUGUGUGUGUUGAUCGGACUUUCUUGAGACGGUUUUAAGGAGUACUGGUCACCAGAUUGAAUUGUGUACAUAACACACUGUGAAAUAUGCAUCUUUGCAUUAUACUUUUGUACAACUCCCUGUGGGAACUGUCUUUAGCAAAUCCUUGUUGUUCUUUGAAGAACAAGUAAAACAAGUAGGGGAGGAAGAAACGUGUUUUUUAUAUUUUGCCAAAUGCUGAUAUGUCAUAGUAGUUUAUAUUUCAAAGUCAUCUUUCUCUGUAUGUAUCAUUUACUAUGCACACGUCAUAUUUGCUUUAUGUUGCUUCUUUACGUACUUUUGUAUGGGUUGUUUUUCUCAGUUGUGCUGAUUUUCAUUCACGUGGAAGGAAUGUAUGGUGCUCCCUAUGGGAUAUUUGCUUUUUUUUACUGUAACAAAUUUAAUUUACUUUAAUGAAUUGAAUGAAGUGCUUUAAGCCUGACAAGGCAAUAAAAUGAUUUUGUAUACA